GGGGGGUCUCAGCUGUGGCAUGGGGCCCCUGAGCGCUGUCCUUCACAUUACGACCUGCCGACGUCUGGACGUCCAGCAUGGGGAGAGGGUGUGGUGCCGAGAAUGGAGGGAAGAGGAAGAAGAAGGACAGGGAUUUGGAUGAGCUGAAGAAGGAAGUGGCCUUUGAUGACCACCGAAUCCCUCUGGACGAUCUGGGGAAACGCUAUGGAGUGGAGCUCACACGGGGCUUGACCAACGCCAGAGCUGUGGAGAUUCUGGCCAGGGACGGUCCGAACUCCCUGACUCCUCCACCCACCACCCCGGAGUGGGUCAAGUUCUGCCGUCAGCUGUUCGGCGGCUUCUCCGUCCUGCUCUGGAUCGGUGCUACCCUCUGCUUCCUGGCGUACUGCAUCCAGGUGGCCACGGAGGACGAGCCGCCCAAUGACAACCUGUAUCUGGGCGUGGUGCUGGCGGCCGUGGUGAUCAUCACCGGCUGCUUCUCCUACUUCCAAGAGGCCAAGAGCUCCCGCAUCAUGGACUCCUUCAAGAAAAUGGUGCCUCAGCAAGCGCUGGUGAUCCGGGAGGGGGAGAAGAUGCAGAUCAAUGCUGAGCUUGUGGUGCAGGGAGAUCUGGUGGAGAUCAAAGGGGGAGACCGCAUCCCAGCUGACCUUCGAGUGAUCUCCUCCAGCGGAUGCAAGGUGGACAACUCCUCUCUGACGGGAGAGUCGGAGCCCCAGACUCGCUCCCCAGAGUUGACCAACGACAAUCCUCUGGAGACCCGCAACAUCUGUUUCUACUCCACCAACUGUGUCGAGGGUACAGCCCACGGCAUCGUGAUAGCCACCGGUGACCGGACGGUGAUGGGGCGCAUCGCCACUCUGGCGUCCGAGCUGGAGGUCCGCCAGACGCCCAUCAAUAUCGAGAUCGAACACUUCAUCCACAUCAUCACGGGCGUGGCCGUCUUCCUGGGAGUGAGCUUCUUCAUCCUGUCCCUCAUCCUGGGCUACACUUGGCUUGAGGCCGUCAUCUUCCUCAUCGGCAUCAUCGUGGCCAACGUGCCUGAAGGCCUGCUGGCCACCGUCACUGUGUGUCUGACUCUCACUGCCAAGCGAAUGGCCAAGAAGAAUUGUCUGGUGAAGAACCUGGAGGCCGUGGAGACGCUCGGCUCCACCUCCACCAUCUGCUCCGACAAGACGGGCACGCUGACCCAGAACCGCAUGACCGUGUCCCACAUGUGGUUUGACAACCAGAUCCACGAGGCCGACACCACCGAGGACCAGACAGGUUUGGGUUUUGACAAGAGCUCUGCUACUUGGACUGCUCUGUCUCGUGUGGCCGGCCUGUGCAACAGAGCGGAUUUCAAAGCUGCGCAGGAGCACCUUCCUCUCCAGAUGGUAUUGACUUCCACCCCACGCCUCUCGGUCCAUGAAGUGGAGGACAAUCCCUCCGGUCAUAUUCUGGUCAUGAAGGGAGCGCCGGAGAGAAUCUUGGACAGGUGCAGCAGCAUUAUGGUGCAGGGCCAGGAGCAGACGCUCGAUGAGAACUGGAGGGAAGCUUUCCAGAACGCCUACAUGGAGCUGGGAGGCCUCGGAGAGAGAGUGCUCGGCUUCUGCCACUUGAAUCUGUCUUCGGCUCAGUUCCCUCGAGGCUUCACCUUCGACUGCGAUGACACGAACUUUCCCACCGAGCAGCUCUGCUUCCUGGGUCUCAUCUCCAUGAUUGAUCCGCCGCGUGCCGCUGUGCCUGACGCAGUGGGUAAAUGCCGCUCUGCUGGUAUCAAGGUGAUCAUGGUAACCGGGGACCACCCAAUCACAGCCAAGGCCAUCGCCAAAGGUGUGGGCAUCAUCUCUGAGGGCAACGAGACAGUUGAAGACAUCGCAAAUAGACUGAACAUCCCUCUGAGUCAAGUUGACCCCAGGGAUGCCAAGGCCUGCGUGGUGCACGGCUCGGACCUGAAGGACAUGAGCUCUGAGUACCUGGAUGACCUGCUGAGGAACCACACUGAGAUAGUGUUCGCUCGCACCUCCCCUCAGCAGAAGCUCAUCAUCGUCGAGGGCUGCCAGAGACAGGGGGCGAUCGUGGCUGUGACAGGAGACGGUGUGAACGACUCCCCAGCCUUGAAGAAAGCCGACAUCGGCGUUGCCAUGGGAAUCGCCGGCUCUGAUGUAUCCAAGCAGGCGGCUGACAUGAUCCUGCUGGACGACAACUUCGCUUCCAUUGUGACGGGAGUGGAGGAGGGUCGUCUCAUCUUUGAUAAUUUGAAGAAGUCCAUUGCCUACACGCUGACCAGUAACAUCCCAGAGAUCUCCCCCUUCCUCCUCUUCAUCAUCGCCAGUGUUCCUCUUCCUCUGGGAACAGUGACCAUCCUCUGCAUCGACCUCGGCACCGACAUGGUCCCAGCCAUCUCAUUGGCUUACGAGACAGCCGAGAGCGACAUCAUGAAACGCCAGCCGAGGAAUCCCGCAACGGACAAGCUGGUCAAUGAGCGUCUCAUCAGCAUGGCCUACGGACAAAUAGGCAUGAUCCAGGCUCUGGGAGGAUUUUUCACCUACUUUGUGAUUUUGGCUGAGAACGGCUUCCUCCCCAUAACCUUAGUGGGCAUUCGCAUUGACUGGGACGCCCGCGAGGUCAAUGACGUGGAGGAUACUUACGGCCAGCAGUGGACUUAUGAGCAGAGGAAGAUCAUUGAAUUCACCUGCCACACCAGCUUCUUCGUCAGCAUCGUGGUCGUCCAGUGGGCUGAUCUGAUCAUCUGCAAGACCAGGAGGAACUCCCUCUUCCAGCAGGGCAUGAAGAACAGGAUCCUGAUCUUCGGCCUGUUUGUUGAGACGGCUCUUGCUGCCUUCCUGUCCUACUGCCCGGGAAUGGACGUCGCCUUACGCAUGUACCCCCUGAAGGCGAUGUGGUGGUUCUGUGCCUUCCCAUACAGUCUCCUCAUCUUCAUUUAUGAUGAGGUCCGUAAAUUAAUUCUGAGGAUAUCCCCUGGAGGUUGGGUGGAGCAGGAGACAUAUUAUUAACAUUCAUACAAUGUCCAUGUGAAUUGUGUGUCUGUGAGAGUGUGUGGGUGUGCAUGCAUAUGUAUGUUUGGCAGGGUAGAGCUGUGUGUGUGUGUGUGUGUGUGUGAGUUGUAAUAUCACAUGGUUCACAAAUCUGGUUAUUAUAAAAAAUAAAAAAAAAACUGCUGAAAAUAAGCUUUGCUUUGAGUUUUGGUUUUCUCAGAAAACAUUUCCAGCAGAACAACUUUGUGCCUUAUACGCUUUUACCAAAUUGAUGUAUCAUGGCCUGUUUGGCUGUAGGAGUAAAUAAUGUCAUUUAUUGUAUGAAAUUUACCAAAUAAAAUAUAUUCCAAAAUA